AUGUUCACCCACCUCCACUUGGCAACCACCAUCCUGGUGCUUGGCACGGCCCUGCUACCACAAGUUACCUUGGCUUAUACGAAUGCACAAUGCAAAAGCUGGGGAUACAGUUACGCCUGUACCCCUGCCUCCCCCGGCCAUUGGUCUUGGGUUGAUGGCGCCUCCAACAAAAAUUGCGCCUGCGGGCAAUUGUACUCGUCCAAUUCAGGGACGACCUGCUGCAACACUCGAAACGUAUGCACCAGGCCCAGCAAUUGGCGUAACAAUCUCGGCUAUGUCAACACCUGUCUGUACUGCAGCUGGGGUAGCUGGAGUUCCUGCACUUGCGCCGGAACGCAGACGCGAACCAAACCCAACAAUUGUGGCUCUGAAACACGCGGCUGCACCGCCUACACUUGGCUCAGCUGGUCUUCCUGCUCGUGCAGCUCGAGCACGCGCACUCGCAGCUCGAGCCGCUGUGGCAAGACGCAGACCGAUUCGUGUGACCCCUUCUCCUGGUCCAGCUGGUCCGAUUGUUCGUGCGCUACUCAGAGGAGCACCCGCACUUCUAGUAGAUGCGGAACCUCACAAUCAAGAACUUGCGAUCCCUUUGCUUGGUCUUCUUGGUCGAGUUGUAACUGUGACGGUCGGCGAUCUCGCUCCUCCAGCAAGUGCAACACGCAGUCCGAGGACGCGUGCACCGCCCCCUCCAAAAGCGCCUACGGGUCUUGGUCCUCCUGGUCUUGCAACGCCGCCUGUGGUUCAGGUACCGCGGCCCGAGAGCGCUCCUGCAUUCCGGGAACUUGCCCUGGCUCUUGCACCGCAGGGCAGGUUGACAGCGAAGAGCGCGACUGCUAUGUAACCCCUUACGCAUGGGCGACCUGGUCACCUUGGUCCAGCUGCAAGUCCGACUGUGGCCCCAUCGUGGCAGCCGGCCAGCAGCGCUCGCGCCCCUGCGUGGGCGAGUGUGUAGCUGCUGGCCUCUCAAAAUGCACGCCCGGCUCCGUUGACGCCAGCCAGCGUGCUUGCGGCGGCGCUUCUUGGAAUCCCUGGAACAUUGCUUCUCCCUGCAGCCAAUCCACCUGUGGAUCGGGCCAACAGACUUGGUCCCGCUCUUGCUCCCUGGAUGGCACCGAGCAGGAGUCAGACUCUCGUCCCUGUGUCUCCGGUGCACCUGCCACCUGGUCCCCCUGGUCGCCCCGGCUUGAAUGCGCUACGCCCAGCGCCCAAGGCAAGAGCCACCGGCCGUGGCUUCGGGACUGCCAAACCAAUUGUCACGGCAAUUGCUCAGGAGACGCUCUCCGCUCCGGACCUUGCACCUGGUCCACGCUGACCAUCGGGGCCCGCGUCAAUGCGAGUCUGGAUGGGGCGCAACGUCGUCGUGGUGAUGAGCACACAGCCUCAGAAGUCUUUGCGCAAUGGGUCAGCCAAUCCAUUCUUCAAUGGCUUGCCAUCAAUAACGGCACGCUUCCAGCCACGCAGCUCGGCCGCCUUGAUCAAGGCUGGCUCGUCGGGGAUCAGCUUACCCGUGGCGAUGAGGCCAUGCCCGAGGAAGUUGAAGUCCAAGCUCAACUCACCGUCAUUGGCGAGUUUGGCCAUGCCUUUAUGCUUGCUUUUGGAGGCACCGAGGGUCGUAACAUCACGCUACCCUUGGUCUGCCCGAGCAACGUAUCUGAACUGAUGGGCGCCAAUGUGCAGGCCGUCACCGUUGUGCGCCUCUACGUUGCCGUUCCACCACCAACAACGCUAGACCCGGCCAUGACGACCAAAGGUGCCGCCGCCAGUCAAGACCGAAAGAACAAGGCCUCCAUGAUCGUCCCCAUAGUUGUCGCAGUUAUGGCCCUUGUGCUGAUCGUGGUUGUGGUUGUAUAUCGUCGAUCCACACGUGGUCGCAAGCCGCUCGUGGCACCGGACACCGUUCCCAUGUCAUCCAACCCACUCUACGGCGAUGAAACUCUCGGUUCCACGGAGAUGGAGGAUCGUAGCACCGCCAGCGCUACCGCACAACCCAAUUACAAUCACCUUCAGCAUCCUACGGGAGCCCAAGCCUCGUAUGACCGUUUGGACGGCGCCACCGACCCGGCCAUAUCCACGGUUCACAGCUACAACGGGCUCAGUCACCAACACGGUCUUGUCGACGACUACGGCAACCCCAUUGAACAAGGCGACAUGCCACCCGAGUAUGGCGAGGCCGUGCACGAAUAUGGCACGGUCGAUGCGCCGCUCAAACCGGAGCAUGGCAUUCAUUCCUAUGGCGACCCGCAGCUCAAGGCAAGAGGCAACGCCUAUCACCCUUAUGGAACGCCCAUGCCGCUGGGCAAUUCCACUGCCAGCACCGCACCUCCGGGUUACUCGGCGGAUAACCACGCCUAUGACACACCUGUGCCCUUGCCCAAGAAGACCCGAGGGGCGUUUGCCUCAGGUUCCGUGGUGUCAAAUGCAGGAUACGUGGACACUUCCUUUCCCUUUGACAAAGUGCAGUCGGCGCUCGACGCCGACUAUGAUGUUCCAGAAGCCGUUCGCCGGCAAGCUCAAACCUCUUUCCCCUUUGACAAAGUGCAGUCGGCACUCGACGCCAAUUAUGAUGUGCCUGAUGCAGUACGCCAACAGACACGAAAGACGGCAGUCGCGCAACGCCAAGACGAGCCGUCGGAGGACGCUUAUGAUGUCCCUGCCAUGGUGUAUCGUCGCGGCGCAGACCAAGAGGGGGAGAAUGAGUAUGAUGCGCCUCGACAGCUGGUUAAGCAGGCCAAAUCAAGCAGCCUCAAAGCCUCUUACGACGUUCCCAUUUCUCCCCUGACGGCCAGUGAAGAUCCGUCUUACUAUCUGGCAACAACUACCACGGCUCCCCAGCGCAUGUAUAGCGCUCCGGAAGGAGAGUACCAAGUGCCCGAUCAUCCACCGUCUCAGGUCUACGGAUUUGUUGGUGUAUCUAGCGCAUCUGAUGCGACUGGGCCGCCGUCCGCCAUGGCACUCUUGGCGACAUCAGAGCAUGAACUGAGCAGUGAUCCAGCGCGCAUGGAAUGGCACACCGAUGUAUUUUUCAAUCUGAUUGUUUGCCUGACCCGUUGCCCUGACUCGGAACGAGCGCGACGCUGGCUACAGGCACCAGGUGGCAGUGGCUGCUUUUUGAUUCGGCCCAGCGCCAGCGGGGAGGCUUCCAUGCGAGCGCUAUCAUUCAUCGACAGUAAGAAGGCUUUGCAACAGGAGCGCAUCCACCAACGAGCCGAUGGCCGCUUUGCGAUAUUAAACAUGGACUUUGCCAGCCUGGGUGCGCUGGUCGAACAUUUUUGUCAGCACGACUUGUACCAGGGGCGACUUGGCUCCAAAGGAGCUGUGCAGCUUCAAAACUGCUGUGACAAGCACCUGGCUUACCUGGAAAGCCAAGCACGUCCCAAUUGUCACGACAAGUCGGCUGUCAUCAAUGCUGGGCUCAAACUAAGCGUUGCAGCGCGACGCAAAUGUAACACGUGGCAAAAAGUGGAUGUUCAGGCCGCCUACCUCGAGUACUUUGGCGGCGAUCAAAGCCUGGCAUAG